AUGCCACUCUGUGCAAGUUCACCCAAGACGAUUCAACGAAAAAUUGUUAUUCUCGGUGAUGGUGCGUGUGGUAAGACUUCGCUUUUAAACGUUUUCACUAGGGGAUAUUUUCCGCAGGUAUAUGAGCCGACUGUGUUUGAAAACUAUGUUCAUGAUAUAUUCAUUGAUGGACAAUCAGUCCAGUUAUCAUUAUGGGAUACUGCAGGACAAGAAGAGUUUGAUCGAUUGCGAUCCCUCUCUUAUUCAGAUACACAUUGCAUAAUGUUGUGUUUUUCUGUUGAUUCUCCUGAUUCGCUCGAAAACGUUCAAUCGAAAUGGGUCGGAGAAAUUGCCGAUCACUGUGAAGGGGUCAAGCUAGUUUUGGUUGCCUUAAAGUGUGAUUUGAGGAACGACGAAGACACUGAGAACCAGAAUCAGCAGUAUAGUCAGGGAAACCCCUACUCAUCGCAAAAGAGACUUAUCAGUUAUGAUCAAGGAUUAGCUGUAGCGAAAAGGAUUAACGCGUCUAGGUAUUUGGAAUGUUCUGCUAAAAAGAAUAGAGGUGUCAAUGAGGCGUUUUCAGAGGCUGCCAGAGUUGCUUUAAAUGCCAAACCCAAGGGAGCUAACGACGAUGUACAGGAUAAAAAAAGUUGUAUAAUAAUGUGA